AUGGAUCAUCACCAAGCCCUUAAUGUGCAUGAGAUAGCAUCAAAUGGUCUAAAGAGUAUGGAGGAUUUAAUUCGGCUCAUAUCUACACAUUCGAAAAAUAACCAACUCUUGAGCCCGGUUGAUUUUCGACACCUCUACGAGCUCAUUGAGACGAACCCUACAACGACAAUCUCCGGUCCAAACCGAACUGGCCAUGCCCGGUUCCGACGUGGCCCAAUCUUCCCUUCUCCACUUGUUCAUCGUCCACAUAAAUUGAUGUUCGAUUUUGCCAAUGCUAACAUAGUUUGCCCGACUUCGAAGAAUUGUCUUGAAACCGGUUCCACCAGCCAGUACUCGAUGGGAUCAUCGGCGAAUUCUUCCUUCCUGUCUUCGAUCACAGGCGAUAGAAGUGUUUCAAAUGGUAAAAAUCUAAUUGCAUCAACUUUGAUUCUAGAUCAUGGACCGGAGAAGGUAUAUGCAAUGGAGAAUUCCUCUCAAUUGUCGAGUCAAGGAUGCCAAGAACACAAUCCCAAUAGCAUAUUAGGGAAACUCUCGAACUCUUUUAACGGUUGUCACUGCUCAAAAACAAUGAAUUUAAAGGUAAGAAAAUCGAUUAAAGUGCCGGCGAUAAGCUCAAAGAUGGCUGAUAUACCUGCCGACGAGCAUUCUUGGAGGAAGUAUGGCCAGAAGCCAAUCAAGGGAUCACCAUAUCCCAGGGGAUAUUACAAGUGCAGUACAUUUAAAAGUUGUCCUGCAAAGAAGCACGUGGAGAAGGCAAAGGAGGAUCCGACUAUGCUUAUUAUCACAUAUGAAGGGGAGCACAAACAUUAAAUUUUUUAUUUAUUUAUUUUAUAUAUUUAUGGAUACAAGUUAUUUAGAGAAUAUAU